UGUAAAUUGAGAUUCAAAAAACGGCCAGUAGGUGGACGAAAUCCUUCGACCAGACGUCACGGCUCACGGUACUGCUGCAGAGCGCAGCGAGUGUUUCUGGGUUUUUUACUUUGGUCUGCUAUACUGUACUGCCACCAGUUCCUGUCUUCUUACGUUACUUCCCCGCUGUAUUGAUACCUGCCGCAUUAGGUGAUAUUUAUGCAAGUCAAGGUAGAUUUCUUGCAUUAUGGAUGCAUAUGAUGUAAUAGUCAACCAGCCGGUUGUUAUCGACAAUGGUUCCGGAUUAAUCAAAGCUGGGUUUGCUGGUGAUCAGGCACCAAAAGCUCAUUUUCCAAAUUAUGUUGGAAGGCCAAAACAUGUCCGUGUCAUGGCAGGAGCCCUUGAAGGAGAUAUGUUUAUUGGUCCGAAUGCAGAAGAGCACCGUGGUUUAUUGAGUUUAAAAUACCCAAUGGAACAUGGAUAUGUCAAUGACUGGUCUGAUAUGGAAAGAGUAUGGCAGUAUGUGUACAGCAAAGAACAGCUCAACACAUUUGCGGAAGAACAUCCAGUUCUUCUCACUGAAGCACCACUCAACCCUCGGCAUAAUAGAGAGAAAGCAGCAGAAAUUUUCUUUGAUUCUUUCAAUGUUCCAGCUCUGUUUGUGUCAAUGCAAGCAGUGCUGAGCUUAUAUGCCACUGGUAGAACAACUGGAGUUGUUCUAGAUUGUGGAGAUGGUGUUACCCAUGCUGUACCUAUUUAUGAGGGAUUUGCCUUACCACACUCCAUUAUGAGAUCUGAUUUAGCAGGAAGAGAUGUUACACGAUAUCUCAGGUUACUGCUGCGAAAAGAAGGCUACAUUUUCCGCACCAGUUCUGAGAUGGAGGUAGUUCGAACUCUUAAGGAACGUGCUUGUUACUUAUCUGCCAACCCUCUUAAAGAAGAGAGCAUCGCAGAUGCGGACAAGGCUACCUACGCACUUCCUGAUGGUUCUAGUAUUGAAGUGGGCGCUGCACGGUUCCGCGCCCCCGAAGUAUUAUUUCGUCCUGAUUUGAUAGGAGAAGAGUGUGAAGGUCUACACGAAGUCCUGGUAUUUGCUAUACAGCGAUCAGAUCUGGAUCUACGAAAAACGUUGUACCAUAACAUUGUUCUUUCUGGUGGCUCUACCCUCUUCAAGGGUUUUGGUGACCGCUUGUUGUCAGAAGUAAAGCGUUUAGCUCCACGUGAUGUUAAAGUUCGAAUGGCUGCCCCUCAAGAAAGGCUAUACUCUACAUGGAUUGGUGGUUCAAUCCUUGCAUCACUUGACACAUUUCGGCAAAUGUGGGUUUCCAAGCGAGAAUGGGACGAGGAAGGUGCACGAGCAAUUCACCGCAAAACCUUUUGAAUGUUUUUUAGUUUUUUUUUAUUUUACAUUUAUUUGGGCUUCAAAUCCUAUUAAGCAAUUCAUUGUUUACCGUUCCUUCUAUUGCCUAAACUAUUCUUUUUUCUUAUUUUUCCGCCUUUUUUUUUUCAAAAAGAAAAUGGGAAAUGAUGUAACUUGAAUGUGCACACUUUUCUCCCCCAUUCUACCGCAGCUGAAAAUAAAAAGCAGUCAAGUCAUUAA